UGUACAGAGCAGCUGCUAUGGGUUACAUGUAAUGAGAAACAGCUACAGCAAGGAGAGCAUAUAUUGUUUCAUGUGUGGUGUUGUACAGCCAUGACUGGUAGAAGAUGUGAUGCUUUUACAGAACUGUACAAAUUCAGAGAAGGUUUUAGUGGGUCCAUAUGGUGAGACAUACCCAGCAAGUCAUGAUGGAAACAAGGCCAUGAAUAUAAAAGCUAAAGCAGUCUCAGAUGCAGAAGAGGAAGGGGAUCAUGUGCAAAUAAAUGUUCAGACGAUAAAGGCUGAACCUGAGAACUGUACAAAUUCGGAGAACUCUUUAGUGGGUCCGUAUGGUGAGAUAUACCCAACACCUCAUGAUGCAGAUCAGGCCAUGAUUGUAAAAGCUGAGGCAGCCUCAGAUGCAGAAGAGGAGGAGGAUCUUGUCCCAAUAACAUUUCCAGAAAUAAAGGCUGAACCUGAGUUCAAAUGGAGCAGUUUACUGCCUGAAGUGAAUGCCACGAAGUGGUUCCUUCUUAGGAAUCAAGUCGAAGUCACAAAGGCUUAAGUCC